AUGGUGACGCUUUACUGCGCGAUCGCUGGUUUGAAAAGAAAUGCUUUCUCUGUUGACAUCGACACUAGCCAGUCGGUGGGCCACUUAAAGGAUGCUAUUGCGCAAGAGCAGAAGUUCGAUUUUGCUGCCAGCAAAUUAGAGCUAUAUCUCGCGAAGAAGGGCGAAUCGUGGCUGACUGAGAAUGAGGUGAAGAAUGGUGUUAGAGACAUAAGUGGCCUGAAACAUCUUAGUGCCGCGGGAGCAAUACUUCACCGCAUUGGGUUGUCUGAUGAGCAAGUAGUGGGGGAAGUUGAUGGAAUUGAGGUAGAUGCAGGAAAUGGUCCUGUGAAUGUGUUGGUUGUUGUCCCGACCUUCGUCAUAGUUGAAGAAGACGAAAGCUCAGAGAAAUAUCUGUCAGAGUUGACGUACUAUCAACACUGUGGACGUCUUAUCCAAUACAAAUACCGAGAUUAUUGUGCACACAUUUUGGACAAAGUCGACAAGUUCUAUGACGAGAACGAGCGCCCAAUCCCGUUCAUCUGUGUGGAAGGGUCAUCAGGCAUGGGGAAAUCGCAACUAGCAUUUGCAUUGGGUGGCCGACGACCGUAUUUUUAUUGGCUUGCCACUCGUCUUGGAACCAACUCCCAGAAUAAUCCAACAAGUAAGAGUGAGAAGGAGAUCUUAGACUUCAAGUCGGAUUUGUAUGAGAAUGGCCUGUUGUGGACGUACGGAUUUAUAAGGGCACUGCUUGAACAUUGCAGCUCCGAUGAGCAUCAAAAUUCGUCGCGAAUGAUUCGUUUCGAAAACCAGACAGUCUUGAAAGCGGAACAACGCUACAAGAAAGAUGUUCGCGUUUUGCUUGCUAAGAUGAAGGCAGAGCAGAAAAAAUUAACGUUCUUUGUUCUUGAUGAGAUGACUUCCAACGCAAGCAAAAAACUGGGGGCAAGCAGAAGGCCGCCUUUCAACGCAACGUCUUUCGUGCCUGUGGUUUGGUGGUUGUUAUAA